AUGGGGUGUCCCCCUGCGGCCGUGGUGCUCCUAUGGCUGCUGACGGCCCGGACGGCUGCAGCACCUUCAGCGCUACCGGGCCAUUCCAUUGUCAACCCGCCGGACAUCAAUCUCUUAGCCAAGAUGUGGCAGCUCACAGGUACUGCUAUGCCGAGUCAUGGCAGCUUAAUCCUGACCCCUGGCGUUGCGGAUCGCGUGGGUACCAUCUUUAGUCGAAGUGCUUUGAAGACCAACGACUUCGAGGCUCAGUUCACCAUCUCGGCGAAGCCGGGCAUCAGCGGUUUCCGCGGUGAUGGCUUUGCGUUUUGGUACUCUGAGGAGAAUGCCAGCGAUCUUCUUAGUGCAGCGAGCACAAAGCAUAGCCACAAUCAAGAUGAGUUGAUUGCGGGGACGUGGUACAAUCAUUACGUCAAGCUAGAUCUUGGGGAAGUUGGGUACAAGACCCACUACAAAGGCCUUGGUGUCUUCUUCGUGAAAGAUGAGCAGGGCCAAAGUCUCCUCCGAGUGCAUUACGGGGACGGCGAAAAGACUGUGGGUCAGCAGACGGCUCUGGACAUUCGGAAUGGUGAGGACCAUUUAGUGAAGAUCCGAGUGACCCCGGACACUGUCACAGUCACCGUGGAGAGUAAAGGAGAAACUCGAGCAACCGUGUCUUCAGCCAUGAAUCUGAAGUCCGGUGGCUUCAUUGGUUUCUCCUGCUUCGGUGGGACCAAGGAGUCCUACAAUCCCAAGGAACGCAGCGCUUUCGUAGAGAUCAAAGGGCUUCAGGUCCUGAAUCAUGCCGCGGGGCCCGGUGAAGAUGAGAUGCCCAGCAUGGACCCUGGGGCCCCUGCGCCACCGCAGGGGGAGAAAGAGGAUGUGUUGGGAGCUCAUUCCAGCUUCAAAGAGCAUCGGGACGAAUCCGAGGCCAUCAAAGACUUGACCAACAUGAUCUUCAAACUCGUGAUUGAGUCAAAGCCGCAACGUGAGCAGAUGAAGGCCUCCAUCACGGCCUUGAGCAAACGUAUUGCGACCGUGGAAGAGACCUUUCGGAAUCUCAAGGCAGAAAUUGAUAAAAAGACUGGGCACAACCUUGGCGCAGAGUUUGAGGCCAUCAAGAAAGAGCUGGCGGACAUGCACGCCACGGCUCAUCGGGAUACGGACCGCAGAGGGAAGAAGCUGGCGGAUUUGCAUUCUGACAUCGAGCACGUGCACAAGACUGCCAGUAGUGGUGGUGACAUCAGUGGAGAUCUGGAUAGCCUCAGCAAAUCCAAUGAGCAGGUGCUGGAUCAGCUGACCAAUCAACAUCAGAGGAUGUUUGGUGUCUCCAUUUUUGCCAUCGCCUUCAUCAUCAUUGCUGGGCUGUCACUGUACAACAAGCUCCUGGCAGCAGUUCAGCGCGUUACUGAAGAUCUCGAACCUGUGCAGAUUGGUGCAGAACCCGUGAUAUAA